AUGCUCACCAUGUCUCUCCGGAACCUUGCCAUCUUCUCCGUACUUGGCCUUGUCAGUGCCUUAGACAAGAUCGGAUUCGGUCCACACUUCUCCCUCGGCCCAACCUCGUCAUGGAUCCGUGAAGCAAACACGACACUUGUCCUUCCUGAGACCUCGAGCCCACAGACGGACCGUCUUGCUCUGUGGCCCGGUAUGGGAACAAGCGGUGGUGAUUUGAUUCAGGCUCUUGCCGUUUCUUUCUCUGAUCCUGCCGCAAACUGUGGAGCAACAGCUGGACAAUGGUGCACAUGGGCAAGUACCCUUCAAGGAACCCAGCUGGGUGGAAAGCAGGUUCCGGCCAAUGCUGGCGAUGAGAUUACAAUGCACUACAAAUACAAUGAUGAGACCGGCAAUUUUGACCAGACAGUCUACAUCAAUGGAGAAGUUGUGUCAACUCUAUCAACCAAUUCUGGCCAGGCACAGGGAUGGGGUACCGCUGUCGAAUGCCAGGAUGAUGCCUGCGAUAGCACUACUGCGGCACAUGAAUACCUUGACACCACAAUUAUCCUCGACGCAGCCGACCCUUCAUUCGGCGACACCCUGGCUAUCGAGGAGGUCAUUUCUUCUGGUCUAAAGACAGCCGACGAAGGAAAGACUUGGACUGUGUCUAGCAUCGAGGUUCAGGCUCACACCUAUAACCUGUAA